CAUAAAUUUUCAUUAUUUUGUGUAUCAUUUUAGAAAUUAUGUUUCAGGUGCCUCUAUUUCAACACAUGGAUGAUUUGGUCCUUGAGAACAUAUGCGACCGGGUGAAAUCCCUUAUAUUCACAAAGGGAGAAAUAAUAACAAGAGAGGGCAACCCCGUGGAGAGAAUGUUGUUUAUAGUGAGAGGUCAUCUCCAAAGCAGCCAAUUACUACGAGAAGGCGUGCGAAGUUGUUGCAUGUUAGGACCGGGAAACUUUAGUGGCGACGAGCUGCUAUCGUGGUGUCUUCGACGGCCAUUUGUAGAGCGUCUACCGCCAUCCUCCUUCACGCUGGAAACCCUAGAGGCGACUGAGGCAUUUGGACUUGAUGCCCAUGAUGUGAAGUACGUGACACAACACUUCCGACACACAUUUGUGAAGGAGAAAGUGAAGAGAAGUGCAAGGUAUUACUCUCCUGGGUGGAGAACAUGGGGAGCUGUUGCCAUCCAACUCGCUUGGCGAAGAUUUAAACAUCACUUGACACUUACCUCUCUUUCCUUCAUUAGGCCGAGGAGACCUUUGUCUAGGUGCUCCUCACUUGGAGAAGAACGACUUAGACUAUAUACAGCUUUGUUGACUUCCCCCAAGCCUAAUCAGGAUGACUUUGAUUUCUAAGUACUCUUCUUAGCUAUCUAUUUCCUUUCAUUUUCUUGACUAAAAAUACAUGUAUGCUUGAGUUCGUAUUAUACUAGUACGUGUAAGAGUUUAUUCUGGAUUUAGAAAACACAAAAAAUAAAAAUGUUAUAUAUUU